CCUGAACUUCAGCAGACAGCGUGAGAAGAAAAAGCUCCUUUGACGUCAGCCACGUUAGGUUUCAGUAGUCCAAGAUGGCGGAGGUGAGCGGGUUGAGGAGCAGGAAUCACUUCGAGCCCAACUGCAAAAGCCGAGUCGUUGACGAAGGCUUGAGCGGCGUGGAAGAUGUCCCCAUUUUUCGGCAUAAGCAGAAGCCUCCUUUAGCCAGGCCCGAAGACCUGGAGGAUGAAUUUCUCCCCAGGACCACGGCUUCAAACUUGGGCAAAAAUGCCAGGCUCACCCCCUCACCAGAUGAAAAGACUCUGGAAGAAGAGGCUUUAGUGCAGGAGGAGGAGGAGGAGAAGGCCAGGCCCAUCCAGAUCGUCCUGGCCAACGAGGACGAGCACAGCUUUGAGCUUGACGCCGCGGCGCUGGAGAAGAUCCUGCUGCAGGAUCACGUGAAGGACCUGAACGUGGUGGUCGUGUCGGUGGCCGGUGCCUUCCGCAAGGGCAAGUCCUUCCUGCUGGACUUCAUGCUGCGCUACAUGCACUGUCAGAAUGACUCGUGGAUGGGAGGUGAUAAUGAGCCUCUGACAGGGUUCACCUGGAGAGGAGGCUGCGAGAGGGAGACCACAGGAAUUCAGAUCUGGAGCGACGUCUUUGUGGUGGACAAGCCUGACGGCAGCAAGGUUGCUGUGCUCCUCGUUGACACUCAGGGAGCGUUUGACAGCCAGUCAACCAUAAAAGACUGCGCUACUGUGUUCGCCCUCAGCACAAUGACCAGCUCUGUACAGGUGUACAAUCUCUCCCAGAACAUACAGGAGGAUGACCUGCAGCAUCUGCAGCUCUUCACAGAAUAUGGCCGACUGGCGAUGGAAGAGAUCUACCUGAAACCUUUCCAGUCCCUGAUGUUCCUGAUUCGGGACUGGUGUUAUCCUUAUGAACACGACUAUGGACUGGAAGGAGGCAACAACUUCCUGGAUAAAAGACUACAGGUGAAGCAGAACCAACACGAGGAGCUGCAGAAUGUGAGGAAGCACAUCCACUCCUGCUUCUCCAACAUCGGCUGCUUCCUGCUGCCACACCCGGGCCUCAAGGUGGCCACCAACCCCUACUUUGACGGCAGGCUGAGAGACAUCGAUGGUGAUUUUAAGAAGGCGCUGGCCAAGCUGGUGCCUCUCCUCCUGGCCCCAGAGCGACUGGUGGAGAAGGAAAUUGGAGGCAACAAAGUCACCUGCAGAGACCUCCUGGAGUACUUCAAGGCUUACAUAAAGAUCUACCAAGGGGAGGAACUGCCUCACCCAAAGUCCAUGCUGCAGGCGACAGCAGAAGCCAACAACCUGACUGCUGUUGCAGGAGCCAAAGACAUGUAUGGCAAGAACAUGGAGCUGGUCUGCGGCGGGGACAAGCCGUACAUCGCCCCGGCCGACCUGGAGCGCUGCCACGAUGAGUUCCGCGAGCACUCGGUGCGCCACUUCCGCUCCGUGAAGAAGAUGGGCGGCGAGGAGUUCUGCCAGCGGUACCAGAGCCAGCUGGAGGCGGAGCUGGACGAGACCUUCUCCAACUUCUCCAAGCACAACGACGGCAAAAACAUCUUCUACGCGGCGCGCACGCCCGCCACGCUGUUCGCGGUCAUGUUCGCCACCUACGUGGUGUCCGGGGUGACGGGCUUCAUCGGCUUGAGCGUCCUGGCGGCGCUGGCUAACCUGGUCAUGGGCGUGGCGCUGCUGUCGCUCUGUGCCUGGGCGUACGUCAAGUAUUCCGGAGAGUUCCGGGAGGUGGGAACGAUGAUAGAUCUGGUGGCCGAGACACUUUGGGAACAGGUUUUGAAGCCACUAAGUGAACAUUAUAUGGAAGACAACGUCAGACAGACGGUGGUUAACUCCAUCAGAGCCAGCUUGACAGAGCAGGCCUCGCAGCACACCAAGUUAAAGACUCACUGACGCUCUUCCUCCUCCUCCUCAUCUCCCCCCCCGCCCCCGUCGUCUUCAUCGCCCUCCCGCCCACUCGCUCAACGUGUUCAAUCCUAGAACUGUGGAACUAGUUCAACACCAAAGCUGACCCUCUUUUAUCCCUCCUCCCGAACGUCCACCAUCACAUCGCUGUUCCCCCCUCAUCUUUAUUUGCUGUUGUGGACCUGUAGGCUUCGCCGUCUGCCCUGCUCUUCAUCACCCCCCCCCACCCAGUGCCUCAGAGCAGAAACUGCACGUUCACGAGAGGACCGAGCAGAGAAGCUGGCAGCGUCGCCUCUCGCCAAAACAGGACCUGAAGGGACUGUCAUCUUCUCCAGUGUGCCAUGCUGCGAUAGAUGCGUCUCGUGUUGCUGUAGUCUUCUCUCACACACGUAUUUGCUGGUAGCGGACGACUGCACUCGCUUCAAGAUUGAGCUGCAAUUCAGGGACACCGCUGUGGGCAGCUGUUCUCAACAAUGGAUGCAAACUGAAACCCUUUUCUGUGCAUUUAACGGUUCUCUUCAGCCCGUUUGUUAACGUUUCCCUACAAGCACAAGUGACUAAUCGACUAAUAAUGAGGUGAUUGUCGUGUUCAUGUUUAUUUGUCAUUUCAGUAAAAUCAGGAAAUAGAUUUUAUUGAUUCUACUGAAGCGAAAGUAAAUUUUCCAUUCUGUCCUGGUAAAUGAAUCUGGUUGCGUCCGAAAUUCCACACCAAGCUGCUAUUUAGUACGUUAGAACAGUAUGUGUGAUAUUUUAGUAUGUCCGAAACCUGAGUAUGAAGCCAGUAGUACGCAAUUUGCAUACUAUUUCCGAUGAAAUAUCACAGUAUGCAACGCAGGACACUACGGCGGCAUAAAUGUCCCGCAAUGCGGCAGGGACGACAACGUUCAUAACGGACGUUGACGGACAGCUCUGUAACAUCAGUAACGCUUCAAUUUAACUGUAAGUAUAAGAUGUCACUUUGCUAGGCGUAAUAUAUAUUUUAAAUUCAGAAUUUGAUUCUCACAAACCGUUGUUUUCGUCACACGGGGUUGGCACGGGGGUUACCAUGGUUACACGUCUCCAACCGGCAAGGAGGCUCUCAGGAAGUGACGACAUAAAUUACAGUUAAAUGCGUCGGAAAAGAUCCAUACUGCUGUUUAUUCACAAUAAUGUAUGUUGAACGACGGUGCACAUAUUGAGUACGUAGUGCAGAGUGUGGGAUUUCGGACGAAGCCUCUCGUCUUCUUCUACAAAUCUGAACUGAACAGAUGAGUGCCGGAUUCUUCUUCUGACGUACUACCAGUUCAGUUGGGAAGGUGCAUUAACCAGGUAACACGAUCCCACUCUGCUCAGGUUGCUUCUAGACGUCUCUCCCUUUAAUAUUUCCUGAUUGUAGUCCUGAAGAGAACUGUAGGAAGCCUCGCCGCGCCUCUCGGCUGAUAUUUGACGUGUUUUUUUAAAUUUAGGACUGCCGUGUUUUAUCUGGCCUUUAGCGCCUCGUAAGCGGACCUGCCGCCGUUUGGCCCUCUGCAUGGUGUUAAGAGCUACUGCGUUGUAGCAUUAAGCUAGCUUAAGAGCUUUUAGAGCAAAGGUCCUCUGUAGUCAGGUAGCCAUGGAGGACUGUCAUUUUUAACGGUUUUCUCUUUCACUGCCUUUCAUCAAUGCUGCGAUAGCUCUGGAUGUUUCCCCGCACAUUUGUAGGAGCUCGAUUCUUGCUUUUGGGAGCCUCAUUUAGUUCGAGACGUGUGUCUUUUUGUAGUUUAAACUCCUAUUACACCUUUUAAAGGAACAGUUUGACAUUUUGGAAAAUAUGGAUGAAUUUGAAGCUACAGCCAGCAGCUAAGACGGUUAGCUUAGCUUAGCAUAAAGACUGAAGGGAGGCUGAAACUUACGUAAAUUAAAAAAAAAAUCAGCCUAUACCAACACCUCUAAGUAAAUUAAACCCUGAUUGUGUUUAAAACUAAAAUGCAUGACGCAUGAAGGGGAUUAUUUCACAACAAUGACCCGCUAGCUGUACAUUAUUACACUUAUUACACGGCUACUCACUUAAAAAUUAAUGGUUUUACUCCAAAAAUUGUCCACCAGAAUCCGACAUCAGAUCUACGUCCAUAGCAACGGUCUGUUAUACAUAGCAACGGUCUGUUAUACAUAGCAGCUGUCUGUUAUACACGGCAACAGUUUGUUAUACACGGCAACGGUCUGUUGUACGUAGCAACGGUCUGUUAUACACGGCAACGGUCUGUUGUACGUAGAAAUGGUCUGUUAUACACAGCAACGGUCUGUUAUACAUAGCAACGGUCUGUUAUA